AAGAGCGGGGUGCACAGACAUGGCUGCUGUUUGACGAAGCGGAUCGAAAUUAAAGGAGAGACACAAACCGUCACGUCAGUGUGGAUCUGACACCAACGUCUGUAUCUCUUCUAUCGAUGCUUGUAUCGAUCCGCCCAGCCUCAGCUGAAGCAGCAAUGAGUUCGUAUCAGUAUCUGAGAGAGUUCAUCAAGGAGAGACUAACUGCUGUUUGUGAAGAAAUCUUCUCAGAGGUUCAAAAAACCAUCGUCCAGUAUGAAGAGGAGAUCAACCGUCAGCACAGACUGCUGGAUAUCAGCCGGAAACCCGACAGAAACUCACACAUCAUAGCUGACUGACCAACACAGUGUAACUUAUAGAAGGUGAAGGCAUCCAUUCAAACGGGUCAGAGGCAUAUUAAGGAAACCAUUACAUGGGAACUACAUUACAGAGUUCCUGAAGACCUCCCACAACAACACGACUGUGUGGAAAAUGAGAGUGUGGAUGAGCAGCAGGUCUGUAACCAGGAGAUGAACUCCAGUUUAAUCUUUUUCCAGAUUAAAGAGGAACAGGAGGACCCAGAGCCUCCACAGAUUAAAGAGGAACAGGAGGAACUGUGCAGCAGUCAGGAGGGAGAGCAGCUUGGACUGAAGCAGGAGGCUGAUACCUUCAUGGUGACUCUAACUUAUGAGCAAAGUGACCACAGUGAACCAGAACCAAACAGUGAGCAGUUCCUUCCUCUCAGCUCUCCUGAAGCAGACCUGAAGAAAAGAACAGAUCACAGUAAAAGUCUAGACGACACUCUUGUGUCAGACAUUCAGAGUAAAACUCAUACAAGGAAAAAUUCUGUGCAAUGCAACACCUGUGGAAAAAUGUUUCCCUAUAGAUCCCAUCUGAUUACACAUCUGAGAGUUCACACAGACCCCCUACAACAACAUGACUGUAAGGAAGAGGAGGACCCAGAGGCUCCACAGAUUAACAAGGAACAGGAGGAACUCUGCAGCAGUCAGGAGGGAGAGCAGCUUGGACUGAUGGAGACCAUCUGUAAACCUGAUAUAAAGUUACACAGAAUAGACCUCCAACAGCAGCAUGUUGGUGAGAAAGAGGAGGGUCUGGAUGAGCAGCAGGUCUGUAACCAGGAGAGGAACUCCAGUCUGGACCAGGAGGAGCCAGAGCCUCCACAGGUUAAAGAGGAACAGGAGGAGCUCUGCAGCAGUCAGGAGGGAGAGCAGCUUGGACUGAAGCAGGAGGCUGAUACUUUAGCAGACAACACUGCUGCUUCAGAGAGUCAAACUGAAACAAGGGAAAAGUCUCUACAGUGUGACACUUGUGGAAAAACGUUUCAGUAUAAAUGCUUACUGACUGCACAUUUGACAGUUCACACAGGAGAGAAGCCAUAUUUUUGUAGUAUCUGUGAGAAGAGAUUCAUUCGGAAGAUCCAGUUAAAGAAUCACAUGAGAAUUCACACUGGCGAGUAUCCGUACUCGUGUAACAGCUGUGGGGAAAAGUUUAUUGACCUAUCAACAUUGAAAGCUCACGUGAGAAUUCACACAGGUGAGAAGUCGUAUCCUUGUAGCACCUGUGGAAAAGAAUUCAGUCAAAAAUCAGCCCUAAAAUCUCACGUAAGAGUUCACACAGGCGAGAAGCGCCAUUGUUGUAGCACCUGUGGGGAAAGUUUCAUUUGGAAUAUGCAAUUAAUACGGCACAUGAGAAUUCACACAGGUGAGAAGCCAUAUUUUUGUAGUACCUGUGAGAAGAGAUUUAUUCGGAAGAUACAGUUAAAGAAUCACAUGAGAAUUCACACUGGCGAGGAUCCGUACUCGUGUAACAGCUGUGGGGAAAAGUUUAUUGACCUAUCAACAUUGAAAGCUCACGUUAGAAUUCACACACGUGAGAAGUCGUAUCCUUGUAGCACCUGUGGAAAAGAAUUCAGUCAAAAAUCAGCUCUGAAAUCUCACGUAAGAGUUCACACAGGCGAGAAGCGCCAUUUUUGUAGCACCUGUGGGGAAAGUUUCAUUUGGAAUAUGCAAUUAAUACGGCACAGGAGAAUUCAUACUGAUAAACAGUUUCAUGGUUAGAGAAUAUGGGGACAGCUGUGAGUUACAGCAGUGUGCUGGUGGUAGAGCUGACACUGAGGAGGAGCCUUUUGCAGGAGUCUGCUCCUGUUGUGUAGGCUUGUUCAGUUCUGUUGUUUAUUAGAGUUUAUGUGUUCGUAAAGGUCCAGGGAUCGAGUUCUGUUAUUGUUCUACUGAAGCCUCGUCUUUUUCUUUUUUUAUUCAAAGCAAGAGUAACCAAAGCUGAGUGUGUUCAUUCAGGGUUUUAAGUCUCAGUAAGUGUUAAACAUCUAGUUUUAGUUUUUAUAUAUACCUGAAUAUAUAAUAUUUAUGUAAGCUGUGUCAUAUGUCAUAUUGUCUCACAGUCACACAGUGUAAGGAUUUUCAGGGAUGGUACUUGGACUUUGCUGUUGUUGUUGUUUUCUUAAUAUAAAAAAAUCCAGCUGUGUCUGCUAAAUGCAGAAUAAACUAAACUAAAUAAAGAUUACAUUCAAACUUCUUUUGACAGUUUCACUUUCAGGAGGAAAAUGUUUUAAUAAGUCACUUAUUGUGAAUUACAAAGUCUGUGACACACAAUUUGCAGCAAGAAAUCCAACAGCAAAUAUAUUGUCUUCUGCCUGUUGUGGUAUCUGCUAUUAGGAGUGUUUAUUUGUUGGAGGGUGACAUGUUAUCAGAACGAGUGCAUAAUCAGCUCAAACCUGUCUGUCUAGAAUACUUCCCUUGUGGGCCAGUAGUGCAAUGGACAAUCAUCUGACUACGGAUUAAAAAAAUCCAGGUUCGACUUCUGGCUGCUUUAGUCUCUUUGUGGCCUCCCUAUGAGGGCGAGAACACACUUUAUGGACAUGUAGAUACUGGGUAAGGGAGAAAUGCUGGUGGUACUAAUCGUUUGGAUUCAAAUGAAAGUUAGAACAGCAGCUCUAAUGUCUUGUGUGUAUCUAACUGUAUACUGCAAAUAUCACAGUGUACUCAUGUCAGUGCACUCGUAGAAUAAAAAACAAGAGCUUCAUUUCUUUGAAUAAUAAUUUUGUUUAUGUUGUUUCUCUUCUACUUCACGGAGAAAUCAGUAGUUCUUUAUUGAUCACAAAGAUUUUUUUUUCUCACUUUGUACAUUUGUGAAGAAUGUGUCAUUACAUCUACAUUGAUCUGUUUGUCUGCUGUUUUUGACUCAGCAAACACUGCAGGAAGUUUACUUUUCAUUAUUAUAAUCAAUGAGGAGGUCAUUGUAUUUAAUGUGAACAAACUCAGGUUAUUUAUUAAAAAAAAAAAGUCUUGCCUUCA